AGAGAGGGCAGUUGCAAACUUACUCUAGAGUUUUCUUUGCUUGAUAACUAAGAAGAAACUUCAACUUUAUAGUUAAUCAAAAUCCACAGCUAUACUUUUAUGAUUUAUCUGGAUAGAAGGUAUAGUUUGAUACCAUGAGUCCUCCUCUGAAGCUUUUCAAAAACCAGAAGUAUCAUGACUUGAAAGAGGCAUGCAUCAAAGAUGGCAGACUUUUCUGUGACCAAACCUUUCUGCCUGAGAAUGAUUCUCUUUUCUUCAAUCGACUGCUUCCUGGAAAGGUGGUGUGGAAACGUCCCCGGGACAUCUGCGAUGAUCCCCGUCUGAUUGUGGGCAACAUCAGCAACCAUCAGCUGACCCAAGGGAGACUGGGGCACAGGCCAAUGAUCUCUGCAUUUUCCUGUUUGGCUGUUCAGGAGCCGCACUGGACAAAGACAAUCCCCCACCCUAAGGAACAAGAAUGGGACCCUCGAAAACCAAAUAAAUAUGCUGGAAUAUUCCGCUUCCGUUUCUGGCAUUUUGGAGAAUGGACUGAGGUGGUGAUUGAUGACCUGCUGCCCACCAUCAAUGGAGAUCUGGUCUUUUCCUUCUCCACCUCCAUGAAUGAGUUUUGGAAUGCUCUAAUGGAAAAAGCUUAUGCCAAGCUGCUGGGCUGCUAUGAGGCCCUAGACAGUUUGACCACCACUGAUAUCAUUGUGGACUUCACUGGCACGGUGGCUGAAACUGUUGACAUGAAUAAGGGCAGAUACACUGAGCUUGUUGAGGAGAAGUACAAGCUGUUCAAAGAACUGAAGAAAACGUUUACCAAAGGAGGUCUGAUCUGCUGCUCCAUUGAGCCUCCCACUCAGGAGGAACAGGAAGUUGAAACUGAUUGGGGUCUGCUGAAGGGCCAUACCUACACCAUGACUGAUAUUCGUAAGAUCCGUCUUGGAGAGAGACUUGUGGAGGUCUUCAGUACUGAGAAGCUGUACAUGAUUCGCCUGAGAAACCCCUUGGGAAGACAGGAAUGGAGUGGCCCCUGGAGUGAAAUUUCUGAAGAAUGGCAGCAACUGACUGCAGCAGAUCGCAAGACCCUGGGGCUUGUUAUGUCUGAUGAUGGAGAGUUUUGGGUAAGCCUGGAGGACUUUUGCCGAAACUUUCAUGCAGUGUAUGUCUGCCGCAAUGUGAACAACUCUAUUUUUGGCCGCAAGGAGCUGCAAUCAAUGCUGGGAUGUUGGACUGUGAAUGAUGAUCCCCUGAUGAAUCGCUCUGGAGGAUGCUAUAACAACCGUGAUACCUUCCUGCAGAAUCCCCAGUACAUCUUCACUGUGCCUGAGGAUGGGCACAAGGUCAUCAUGUCACUGCAGCAAAAGGACCUGCGCAAUUACCGCAGAAUGGGAAGACCUGACAAUUACAUCAUUGGCUUUGAGCUCUUCAAGGUGGAGAUGAACCGCAGAUUCCGCCUCCACCACCUCUACAUCCAGGAGCGUGCUGGGACUUCCACCUAUAUUGACACACGCACCGUGUUUCUGAGCAAGUACCUGAAGAAGGGCAGCUAUGUGCUUGUCCCAACCAUGUUCCAGCAUGGCCGCACCAGCGAAUUUCUCCUGAGAAUCUUCUCUGAAGUGCCUGUUAAGCUCAGGGAACUGACUCUGGACAUGCCGAAGAUGUCCUGCUGGAACCUGGCUCGUGGUUACCCGAAGGUGGUUACCCAAAUCACUGUUCACAGUGUUGAGGGGCUGGAGAAGAAGCACGCCAAUGAAUCUGUAAACCCAUAUCUGAUCAUCAAGUGUGGAAAGGAGGAAGUCCGUUCCCCUGUCCAAAAGAAUACUGUUCAUGCCAUUUUCGAUACCCAGGCCAUUUUCUACAGAAGGACCACUGACAUUCCUAUUAUAAUACAGGUGUGGAACAAACGAAAAUUCUGUGAUCAGUUCUUGGGGCAAAUUAUUCUAGAUGCUGACCCCAGUGACUGCCGUGAUGUGAAGUCUCUGUACCUGCGUAAGAAGGGUGGUCCAGCUGCCAAAGUCAAGCAAGGCCAUAUCAGCUUCAAGGUUAUUUCCAGUGAUGAUCUCACUGAGCUCUAAGUCUCCUGUCCCGGAGAAUCCUGACAGAGCUUUGAUUUCCUGUCAGGUGUCAAGUCUUAUCUCAGAUUUAAAAUCUUUAGAAAGAAAGAAAUUCACAGUAAUUAACUUUUUCUCUCUUCUGAUUAGUCCCCCAUACCUCCCGAUCCAAGUAGCAUCAG